AAUUUCAUGUUCAUUACUAUUAUAGCUCCAAAGGUGGCGAAUUCCAGCAGAGAUUUCUCCGACCAAAACGAAUGGCUUCAUCAUCCACCUACGUUUUCUGGCCUAGAUAGAGACGUAGAAACCUCCGUUAUCGUCUCGGCUCUAACCCACGUCGUUGCUGGUGAGAUCCCUAUCGGCGGAGAAAGCGGCAAAAGCGGAACUCUCUCCGCUUGUUCAUCUUCUCAUAAUUCCCACAAGAGAGGACGUCAAGACCAUCGCUUCGAAGAAGAGGGAAGAAAUGUGGUCGGAAUAUACGAAUACGAGAGAGAAACAAGGAGAAACAUAAGGGAGGAAGAAGGAAGGAGAAGAUACAGAGGAGUGAGGCAAAGGCCAUGGGGGAAAUGGGCGGCGGAGAUAAGAGAUCCCUUCAAAGCUGUGAGAGUUUGGUUGGGGACUUUCGACACGGCUGAAGCCGCCGCCAGAGCCUACGACGAAGCCGCUCUCCGCUUCCGAGGCAACAAGGCCAAACUCAACUUCCCCGAAAACGUCAGACUCCGAUCCUCACCGCCGCCUGCAACAGCCAAUCGAUACGCUGUGGUUACCGAUUCCCCGAUGACAUCAUCCAUGACGUCGUCUUCAUCGUCAUCGGCCGCCGGUUUGGUAUCUUCUCCGUCUGUUUAUGGGAGCCAGUGGGGCGGUGGUUACGGCGGCGAUGGGGGAUUUUUGGUGCCGCAAUGGCCGCAGGAAGUUAAUGAUAACAGCUCACCUGAAUAGAGCUGUUGCUUCAAUAUUUUGGUAUUUUGUCUGUUUUUUUUUCACAUUCUUUGGCGUAAUGAAUCUCGCCAUCUUCCUAUUUUGGUUCAAAUCCAAUUCACAUACAAAUUCGUCAUUCCAAAAAAGACAUCUCUAACCCUACCCACGAGUGGCAUAUUAAUGUAUAAAUGUUAAAAAA